UGGUUUUCCUACGUUUGCGCUCGCGGAUCACGAUGCAGAAGAAAUUUGAUGAGGCACUCUGGUCGCCAUUUUCAUUUGUGAAUAAGUGCUCGCGUGUCGAAAAGGAACAAUGUUCUUCAAUUAGUAGGAGCUUUAUUUGUGGAAAGGCACAAGCAACAUCAGCAUGAGGUAAAACUUUUAUUGUGGGGACAUGGUUGAAGCUAAAAGAACUAUUUGUGAUGGGUAAGUUGGAUAUAUCGGACCGAUAUGGAGGAAAAACUUCGAGGUACCACUUGUUGGGAGGACUUGGGACAUGUUCGACGAUGGCGAGGAAAUAUUUAGCCGCCACGGUCUACAUUACAAUGAUCUUUUGUACUACGUUCUUACUCUAUUGUGCUGUGUGGCUUCCCGACAUCAAACUGUGGUGCAAAGUCGGAGAUUCUGCAAUGAAAGGGAAACACUUGGACAGUUUUCUGCUGAUGCGUGAGAGAGAACACACCGCUUACAACCAUCUGAUGAGUUACAUCUUGCAUCCGCAAGCCCCGUGUCUCACUUCAAGAGUUCUUGGCGGGAAAAGCAAGCGUAACAAGAAGAAGGACGGGGAUAAAGCCCUCUGCUUGGAACCUGGACCGGGGAUCGGCGAGGAUUGCGUUGUGUAUUCUUUUGGGAUAGCAAACGACUGGUCCUUUGAUGAGGAUAUUCAUCGGAAGUUCGGCUGUCAAGUAUAUUCGUUCGAUCCCAGCAUGGGAUAUGACGACCACAUGCACAGCAAAGGGAUCUGGUUUUACGAUUUAGGCAUUGGAGAAUUCGAUGGACAAAUAACUGUAAGUGAUCAGAUUUGGAACAUGAAAACGUUUGAUUCUAUCUUACUUAUGCUGGGACACAGAAAUAAGACUAUAGAUGUUCUAAAACUAGAUAUAGAGGGCGCUGAAUAUGUGGUUUUAGAAGACAUGCUAGAAAAAGGUCUAUUAAACCAUGUCAAUCAUUUGUGCAUGGAACUACACCUCCCAGAUAAUCCUUAUUGGACUCGAGUUCUCAAGUUGCUGAAACGAAUUGAAGCAGAAGCGGGCCUGCGGCAUUUCAGCACUCGCAACAACACACAGAUGCCGCUGAUGAGAGUGCCAGGCUUUUACGCUCGCUACGAGCAACAUUUCUUCGAAAUGGCAUGGUAUCGACAUUGAGAUUGAAGAUAUUGAGAAGACCUACAUGAUGCCCUUUUUAGCCUUCUUUCCCGGUAAAAGUCAGAGAAAGACGAAAAAGGUAUGAAAGAAGGCUUAACGCAUCUUGAGAAUAUUACAAAAAACAAAAAAAAGUCAAAAAGAAAAAAAAAAUAACAAUAAUUACUUAACAACAACUAAA